UCACACAGAAGAGCUCACAGAAGAGGAACGGACGAACACAGAGAGCAGCCGAGGAGCUUACUGAGGACUUUGCACUGGACAGAGGCGCUGUUGGAUUCUCGCAGCGCGCGCUGACACUUCGUCCAAUAGCACCGUGAUUUACCUGGAGCUCCGGUUUCAGCUCUCACUGCGCGCGACUCUGCCUGGAUGCUUGGCUGCUGAGCGCUUCACAAUGGCCCUUAAUGAUUCUGAAGUGGGCUUGGAGGUGGUCUUGGAAAUUGACCCCCUCCUGCAGCUCUCCCCUGCCCGUAUCACACCUGAUCCACUGGCUGCAGCAGUUAUGACCCCGUGGGAUGUGGCCCUGUGCGUGUCGGGUGCCCUGAUUUGCUGCGAGAAUGCAAUCGUCGUGGUGACAAUCUUCACCUCAUCCUCUCUGCGGGCGCCCAUGUUCCUACUGAUCGGCAGCUUGGCCUGGGCGGACUUCUUGGCCGGAGUGGGACUGCUGCUGCACUUCCUGUCCCGCUGGUGUGUGCCUUCGGAGGUGCUGGAGCUGGGCAGUGUGGGUCUGCUGGUGAGCGCACUCAGUGCAUCUGUUUUCUCCUUGCUGGGCAUCACCCUGGACCGAUUCCUUUCACUCCACAGAGCGCUGACCUAUGGUUCCCGCCGCACGCACACACACACACGCUGUGCCCUGGCCGUGGGAUGGGCACUGGCUGGCCUGCAGGGGGCUCUGCCCGCCCUGGGCUGGAACUGCCUGGAUGAUGGUCAGUCCUGCAGCGUGGUGCGUCCACUGACCCGCGUGCACUUAGCCACCCUUUGUGGAAGCUUCCUGUUGGCCCUGGCCCUCAUGCUGCAGCUCAACGCCUGGAUCUGCCAGGUGGUCCUGCGCCACUCCCACCAGAUCGCCCUGCAGAGACACACACUGCCCUCCGCUCGUACACACGCCCGCCGCCGGGUACACACCCUCGCCUUCAUCCUGGCAACCUUCGCCAGCUGUUGGGUGCCCUUCGCCCUGUACGGUCUCCUAGGCGAUGGAUCAUCGCCCACUCUGUACACAUAUGCCACACUGGUGCCGGUCACAGGGAACUCUCUGCUCAAUCCUCUCAUAUAUGCCUACAGAAACACACACAUCCAGAAGGUGCUGAGGCAGGCCUGCUGCUGCUGCCUACCAAACGCAUCUCACAAAAACACUCACACACCCAGUGAUGUCUAACAUUCAGCCAGCUUCACAUUCCAUUGAAGAGCACAGCAGAAAAUAUACAAUAAGGUGCCAUGAUAGGUUGUGCUUUAACUUCAUUACCAGUGUCAAAGUCACAUACAAACAUGUACAUUCCUCUUUGAGAAACAUAAAAAUGUCACUGUGCCAAUAUAGCCAAGACCUCUGCCUGACUCGUGCUACACAAGUCACGUGUAUCUGAUGUAUGACUCACAGUCAUUCUUCUGCAACAUUUCAAAUGUGUACUGUUUCAGGUUCUGUUUUUUUUGUGAUCAAAAUACCUUAAGAGUCUGUGUAUUCAUUUUCAAUGUACCAGGAACAGAAAUGACCUCUACUCGACCACUGCAGUAGCUUUCACAUUCAAUCAUAUCAAAUGAAAAUAAGAAUAGUGUUUCCUUAAGGAUAGUAUUGCUUUAAUUGUCUUCAAUUUGUGCCUGAUACUUUUAAAAAACUCUGACAUUCAGAGGUUAUAGAUGGAAUUAAAAAUCAUUUGCACUUUACAAUGAUGACUUGACUUUUUCAUACGUUUUAUUUGAAUGCUAUUAUUGCCAAUUGUGUAGCCCUAUUUAUGUAUUUAUUGAUUGAACUAUUUGCCAUUUGGUACUACUGCGAAAUGAUUGAUGUUUUUAUACUUCAUAAGCGUCCUGUUUGCACAUGUGAGAAAUUUAUGGUGCACAAAAUGUCUACAUGUAUGAGCGAAUGUGUUCUUUUUGAACCGAAAUGUUUUAAGGAGAUCUCUGUCUUGUUUAUAACAAGAAAUAAACAAAUGAUUUGU